CUAGGGUCGGAUAGGCUUCCUCUGUAUGUUAAGACACCACUGAGCCAGCGCGAGGUAAGGCUCGGAAAACGUACUUCAAAACAGGGAUGAGAAAUGCGGUGUACUCCGAAUUGUCCCAACAUCCCAACUGUUAUACCGAAAAAAUUCGGGAGUACAACGCAUUUCCCAGGAUUGAGGUAAGUUUUCCGAGCCAUAUCUCGCGCCGGCUCCGUGGUGUCUUAACCAACACAGGAAUCCUAUCCGAACCCAGGCCUAGCGCAGCUGAGCCCUUUGAUGCAGAUGAGUACAUAGAGAGGUUGGCCUGGAGAACCCCUGGAGGAGGGUCCAAAGGCGGAGCUGAGGCAUUUGACCCCAAAAGGCUGCUGGAGGAGUUUGAGAACCACAUAGAGGAGCUGAAGCAGCUAGAUGAGAAGAUCCAGCGGCGGGUGGAGAAGCUGGAGCACCAGUGUCACAGAGAGGCCAAGGAGUUUGCCCACAAAGUGCAGGACUUACAGAGGAGCAACCAGGUAGCCUUCCAGCACUUCCAGGAGUUGGACGAGCACAUCAGCUAUGUGGCCACCAAGGUGUGUCACCUUGGCGACCAGCUGGAGGGCGUGAACACGCCCAGGCAGAGGGCGGUGGAGGCACAGCGUCUCAUGACCUACUUCAAUGAGUUCCUGGAUGGGGACCUGCGCAGUGAUGUCUUCAACAACCCAGAGAAGAUUAAGGAAGCUGCUGAUAUCAUUCAGAAGUUGCAUCUCAUAGCACAGGAGCUGCCGUUUGACAGGUUUGCAGAUGUCAAGGCCAAGAUUGCAAGUAAAUACCACGACCUGGAGCGCCAGCUGGUCCAGGAGUUCACGGCGGCCCAGCGUAGGGGCGAGAUUGGCCGCAUGCGGGAGGUUGCCGCAGUCCUCUUACAUUUCAAGGGCUAUGCACACUGUGUAGAUGUUUAUAUCAAGCAGUGUCAGGAGGGAGCGUACAUGCGUAGUGAUGUGUUUGAAGACACGGCCCUCCUCUGCCAGCGAGUCAACAAGCAGGUGGGCGAGGUCUUCCAGAACCCCGAGACCGUCAUGGCCAAACUCAUCCAGAACAUCUUUGAGAACAAACUACAGGCUCACGUGAAAGAGAAGCUGGACGAGACCCGCCGCUCUGACAUAGAACAAUACCUCAAAAACCUCUACGACCUCUACACCAGGACGACAGCCUUGGCUGCCAAGCUAACAGAGUUCAACCUGGGCUCAGACAAACACACGUUCCUGUCCAAGCUCAUCAAGAACAUCUUCUCCACCUAUCUGGAGAGCUACAUUGAAAUGGAGAAAGAUUACCUCCGCACACGCAGCGCCAUGAUCCUGCAACGCUACUACGACUCCAAGAACCACCAGAAACGCCCACUGGGUGGGGGCAGUAUCCAGGAGCUGAAGGAGCGGAUCAGACAGCGCACCAACCUGCCAUUGGGGCCCAGCAUCGACACCCACGGGGAGACCUUCCUGUCCCAGGAGGUGGUGGUCAACCUGCUGCAGGAGACACGCCACGCCUUCGAGAGGUGCAACAGGCUCUCAGAUCCCUCGGACCUGCCCAAGAACGCCUUCUCCAUCUUCCUGCUGCUGGUGGAGCACCUGUGUGUGGACCACAUUGACUACGCACUGGAGAUCGGCCUUUCCGCCAUUCCAUCAGCUGAUGCCAAGAAUGCCAACCUUUACUUCCUGGAUGUAGUUCAGCAGGCCAACACCAUCUUCCACCUGUUUGAUAAACAGUUCAAUGACCACCUCAUGCCUCUUAUCAGCUCUUCUCCCAAACUGACAGAGUGCCUGCACAAGAAGAAGGAGGUGAUUGAACAGAUGGAGGUGAAACUGGACACCGGCAUAGACAGAACGCUGAACUGCAUGGUGGGACAGAUGAAGCACAUCCUGGCUACGGAACAGAAGAAGACGGACUUCAGGCCUGAAGACGAGAACAACGUUAUGAUCCAGUGCACCGCAGCCUGCUCCAAGGUGUGUGUGUACGUAAGUCGGCAGGUGGAGCGUGUGCGGAAGUCCAUGGACGGUAAGAACGUGGACACAGUGCUGACGGAGCUGGGCGUGCGUUUCCACCGCCUCAUCCACGAGCAUCUGCAGCAGUACAGCUACAGCUCCAUGGGAGGCAUGCUGGCCAUCUGCGACGUGGCCGAGUACCGCAAAAGUGCCAAGGACUUCCGGGUUCCUUUGGUGCUGCAACUCUUUGACACGCUCCACGCCUUGUGUAACCUCCUGGUGGUCGCCCCCGACAACCUCAAACAGGUUUGCUCCGGCGAGCAGCUUACCAACCUGGACCGGAACCUUCUGCACGCCUUCGUCCAGCUGAGAGUGGACUACCGUCAGGCCAGACUGGGACGCCACUUCAGCUAAUGGCCCCGGUCUAUGGGUCACUGUCCAGCCCUCUGUCCGUCCAUCCAUCCAUCCAUCCAUCCAAUCACCAGGCCCUAUGAUUUCACAAGAUUCACAAUGGAAACAGAAUUCAGCCAACCUGGAUGUUAGUCUUUCAUUCUCAUCUGCAGUAGCACCUUUUGCUUGUUUGUCCGUCUUAGAGGCCAAGAAAGACCGCCGCCAUUCACAGUUGGGCUACCUGCAUUUUGCCCUUGAUUUCUGCAAUGCAAAGAUACUGACUGAGCUCUCUUGUUUCUAAAUACUAAUCAACCAAACCACCGUAGAAGAUUGUCAUAUUGCCGGUAAUAUGGACCUUGAUUUCCAAGAUUUCUACUUUAAAAUAAAGAGACGUUUUGAUUGU